CUUCUUCUUAAGAAGGCUGUGCUUGGCCCUCCUCCUUCCGCCCUCCCAUCACAACCGCCUCCACAACAACAAGGGAUCGGACAGCAAGGGGUGGAUCGAUCGAUCGACCGAGCCCCGCGCCACCAGGCCACCACCAACAUAACCGGCUGCUGGUACUGGUAGAGACCAGUAGGAAGGGCGGCCAGGCCAGCAUGAAGGGCGGCGACGUGAGCAGCAUUAGCCCGCUGGUCUCCUUCGUCCUCGGCGCCGCCAUGGCCACCGUCUGCGUCCUCUUCUUCAUGUCCGCCAGCCCCACACGCCGCCUCGCCGACAUCUCCGCCUUCUCCUCCGGAAACGCCACCAGCAGCGACCUCCGCCUCGCCUCCUCCGACUCCGACAACGGGGUGGUCGCCGACGGCGACGCCGAGGUCACCGCCACCCCCGCGCCGGCGCCGGCGCCGGUCCAGGCGGCGUCGCCGUGGGGCGACCUUGAUGAGGUGCUCCGGCGCGCGGCGACCAAGGACCGGACGGUGAUCAUGACGCAGAUCAACGCGGCGUGGACGCGCCCGGGCUCCCUGCUGGACCUCUUCUUCGAGAGCUUCCGCGGCGGGGAGGGCGGCGUGGCGCGGCUGCUGGAGCACCUGGUGAUCGUGACCAUGGACCCGGCCGCGUACCAGGGCUGCCAGGCCGUGCACCGCCACUGCUACUUCCUCCGCACCUCCAACGGCGUCGACUACCGCUCCGAGAAGAUGUUCAUGAGCAAGGACUACCUCGAGAUGAUGUGGGGCCGCAACCGCUUCCAGCAGACCGUCCUCGAGCUAGGAUACAACUUCCUCUUCACGGACGUUGACGUGAUGUGGUUCCGUGACCCUUUCCGCCACAUCUCCAUGGCGGCGGACAUCGCCAUUUCCAGCGACGUGUACAUGGGCGACCCCUACAGCCUGCGCAACUUCCCCAACGGCGGCUUCCUCUUCGUGCGGUCGUCGGCCAAGACCAUCGACUUCUACCGCGCGUGGCAGCAGGGGCGGUGGCGCUUCUUCGGGAAGCACGAGCAGGACGUGUUCAACCUCAUCAAGCACGACAUGGCCGCCAAGCUCGACCUCGCCAUCCAGUUCCUCGACACCACCUACAUCAGCGGCUUCUGCCAGCUCAGCAAGGACCUCAACAAGAUCUGCACGCUCCACGCCAACUGCUGCGUCGGCCUCGGCGCCAAGCUCCACGACCUCCGGGGGGUCCUCGACGUCUGGAGGAACUACACAGCCGGCACGCCCCAAGACCGACGCGCCGGCAAGUUCCAAUGGAAGCUCCCAGGAAUCUGCAUCCACUGAAUAUCAGAUCGAUCGAUCUCAUCCUUUGCUAGCUAGCUACCUAGGAAUAUUUCUAGGUCCGAUCGAUGUGGUAAUCCAUUAUUCGUUUCGAUCGAGAUCGGCCGCGCCGGCCGGUGCACUACGUACGAUUGUGCACGGCGAUGCCGGCCAGCAGCUAGCGCAUGAAUUCAGGUGGCUGCCUGGCUUCUUGCAUUGUCCAUUCUUUCUCUGCUGCUUCUUAUUUCUUUGAGUUUAUAUAAUUUAUUGAGGAGAUUUCUUCAAGCCAUCGGAGCUGCUGGGUAGCUAGGUUUCAUUCUUUUGAUUUCUGAUGAUGAAAGGCAGGCUAGAGGUAGAACCGAGACAUAUGUACUGUUAAGUUAUACUGCUGCUGCACCCUCCUUAUUAAUUAUUAUGUAUGUAUGACUGUAAUGUACCCAACACAGGUUAAUUAUAUACAAUAUUAAUUAUAUAUAU